GGAAGUUUGGUCGAUCCCUCUAAGAAUUUAUAACUUCGGAAUGAACUCUCUCUUCUCAACCCACAUUUUCCCUUACAAUAGCAAUAGCAAUACCAAAUUUAUUUAAAAACAAUUGAAUCCUCCCAGCAAAAUGGAAAACGUCGAAUUUGAUGUGAUAGUCAUCGGAGGAGGAAUAAUGGGGAGCUGCACGGCUUAUCAAGCUGCCAAACGCGGCCUUAGGACUCUUCUCCUGGAGCAAUUCGACUUCCUCCACCACCGCGGCUCCUCCCACGGCGAGUCCAGAAUCAACCGCGCCACUUACCCGAAACAAUAUUUUACGAAAAUGGCCUUAGCCGCCGAACCCCUUUGGCGCGAAGCCGAAGCCGAGAUCGGCUACAGUGUCUACUUCCGGACCCCACAGCUCGAUAUGUGCCCUGCCACCAACAAGAGGCUGCAAGCCGUCGUCUCCAGCUGCCGGAACACAUCCCUUCCGGUCCGAGUUUUGGAUCCAAAACAGGUGAAGGAACAAUUUGACGGCCGCUUUCAUUUGCCGGAGGAUUGGGUCGGCGUCGUGACUGAGUUCGGCGGCGUUAUUAAGGCGACCAAAGCCGUUUCCAUGUUCCAAUCCCUAGCCGUUAAGCACGGCGCGACUCUCAGAGACCACGUGGAGGUUAACGGUGUGGAGAGAGAUGAUCGGACGGGUGGCAUCUCCGUCACCGCAAAGAAUGGUGAUAAGUUCCUCGGGAAAAAAUGUGUAGUCACUGUCGGCGCGUGGGCGCAAAAAUUAGUUAAAACCAUCACCAACGGCCGAAUGGUGCUUCCCAUUCAGCCGUUGGAGACGAACGUUUCCUAUUGGAGGAUAAAACCCGGUCACGAAGAAGAGUUCACCAUCGGGUCUGGCUUCCCGGUGUUCGCGAGCUACGGAAUUCCGUACGUGUACGGAACGCCGUCGUUCGAGUACCCCGGGCUGCUGAAGGUUGGUUGGCACGGGGGACCCGAAUGUGAGCCGGAUCGCUGCACCUUUGCGCCAUCGGCGAGUGCUCAGACUUCACUGAAACAGUGGAUAGAGGAACGAUUCGGGGGUAAGGUGGACUCGUCUGCGCCGGUAAUGUCGCAGUCGUGUAUGUAUUCAAUGACGCCGGACGAGGACUUCGUAAUUGACUUCCUGGGCGGGAAGUUCGGCAAGGAUGUGGUGGUUGCCGGCGGGUUCUCCGGCCACGGGUUCAAAAUGGGGCCGUUAAUAGGCCAGAUUCUGGCGGAUCUUGUCUCAACCGGAUCUUCAACUAACUCACCUGGCCUGGAUCCUUUCAGGAUUGAUCGGUUUAAGGAAAAUAGUAAGGAUCAAGUUGAAUGAUUUUGACUUUUUUUUACCAUCAACUCAAGCUCUAAUGCCAGGCGGGGUUUCUAUCUAGUCUAGCUUUUUAAAUAAAGCGUGGGCCUUCAUGAUUUUGAAGCCCAUGAACUACUCUAAAAAAACAUGGAUCCGGAGCCUCUACCUUACUUUAGAGUAAGGUAGAGUGUCUUGCUUCCUCCCGAUCGUCCGAUCGAUAAUUCAACGGUCGGAGAUCUUGGGCUCCAUUUUUCGCCAAUCUCGAGGCUGUGUUGGCCGCUCCCCUCCCGUCCGAUGCGCAAGGCACCCUCCUAGUCGGGUAGAGGAUCCCAAUCCAAAAAACAUUGAUGGGUUUUAUGUAGGUUGAGAAUAAAC